CGCGCUCAUCUCGGGCGCUCCCGCUCCAACCAAAAGCAGCCGACCUGCCCAGCAAGCUUGGCAACUUUCGAGCGCCGGGCUGCGGCGCGUGCGGGCAGGCGAAGCUUUUUGGGCAGGCCGGUUCCCUCUAUGCCGCAGAGGACACCCCGCUCGGGGGUGGGAAACGAGGGCAGGGCGGCCGGCGGCGGUGCCGCAGAGGGCUGCGUACUGCCAGCCCCGCAGGGAGACUGCCUUUGCCCCCUCAGGGAGCUCGCAAGGUGAGGGAGCAGAGCAGCAGCAGCAGCAGCACCGCCCCCCGCCGCCGCCACCCCCGCCAUGGAAGGGCGAAGGCUGCGCUUUCAGAGUAGAGGGAGAGCGGGGAAAGCGCGGGUUUGACGCCGCCGCCGCCGCCGCCGCCUGCUUCUUCCUCUCCCUCGACGAGAGGAAGCUCCCGCUCUCUCCUCCACCACCACCUCCUCCUCCUCCAGCUCGGAAGAGAAGGCAGCUUCCGUAUGGGCCCGGCGGCGGGCGGCAGCUGAGGGCCCCGAGGCGAAGAAGGCAGGCGGGACUGAGGACAAUAUACCAGCGGAAGAAUUAACACCUUUCAACUGAUCAAACUGGUUUUUUAAAUUUUUGCUACAUUUAUUUCCUUCUGCUAAGUGAGUUCUUUCUCCGAGGUGCAGCCAUGACUACGUCUGCAUUACGUCGACAGGUAAAAAACAUCGUACAUAAUUAUUCUGAGGCAGAAAUCAAGGUACGUGAGGCCACCUCUAAUGACCCAUGGGGGCCACCAAGCUCCUUAAUGUCUGAGAUUGCAGACCUGACCUUCAACACAGUGGCAUUUGCAGAAGUCAUGGGCAUGAUCUGGAGGCGGCUUAACGACAAUGGCAAGAACUGGCGCCAUGUCUACAAAGCUCUGACUCUUCUGGACUACCUCAUCAAAACAGGCUCAGAGAAAGUGGCUCAUCAGUGCCGGGAAAACCUGUACACCAUCCAGACCUUAAAAGAGUUCCAGUACAUAGACCGUGAUGGCAAGGACCAGGGUAUUAAUGUACGAGAAAAGGUGAAGCAGGUUAUGAGCUUGCUGAAAGAUGAGGAGAGGCUGAAGCAGGAGAGAGCCUAUGCUUUGAAAACCAAAGAGCGGAUGUCCCUUGAGGGCAUGGGUAUCAGCAGCAGCAACAGCCAGCAGAUUUCCUAUGGACGGCGAGCAUCACAGUAUGGAGAUGACUACAGCAGGUCAAGGGGUUCCCCAUCCUCCUUCAAUUCCUCUUCCUCAUCCCCUCAGUUCAGUUCUGAUCUGGAACAGGCCAGACCACAGACAACGGGUGAAGAAGAGCUCCAACUCCAGCUCGCCCUCGCCAUGAGCCGAGAAGAAGCAGAAAAGCAGCCACAACCUCCAGUCUCCAGCACAGAUGAAGAUUUGCAAUUACAGAUAGCGCUUACCCUGAGCAAACAGGAACAUGAGAAGGAAGUUAGGGCCUGGCAAGGAGAAAAUUCACUACUGCAGAGAGCACUGGAAGAGAGUCACUUAGGCACAGAGGAAGAAGAAGAAGAAGAAAGGACAAAGAAAAGUCAGUCUUCUAUGUUGGAAUUAGUUGACAUUUUUGGACCAGCACCUGUCACUUCUGCACAUACGUCAGCUGACCCAUGGGAUAUUCCAGGUGGGAGCAACCCUCAAUCUGCUGAGGUUUGGGAUCAUGAUACAGCCUUUUCUCCUCCAGCUUUGUCCUUGUCCAGUUCUUGGGAGCAAAACAAUACCAAAUCUACUGUAGAAACUACAGGAGCAUCUUGGGGUCCGACUGCAGAUCCUUGGGUACCUGUACCUUCAGGGGAUCCUCUACCCUCUUCUUCAACGCACCAGGUCUCUUCAGGGCCUUGGGAUCUUCCCCAUGCCACUCCUUCUUCUGGACCGUGGGGCAUGGAAUCCCUGUCAUCCACUGUCACAUCUUCGGAUCCCUGGCGAAAGUCCUCCCCACCAGCUCCAGUCUCGGCAGAUGUUGCCUCUACUGCUGAUCCUUGGGGAGGCUCUCUUGAAAAGCCUUCCACUGCUGGCAGUGCUGCUUUUGACUUGUUUGCCAAACAAGUGGAUCAUCCAGAACACGACAGUUCCCAGGCACCAUCAUCUGUGAGGUCUAACAGCCCUGUGGAUAUGGGCCUGUUUGGUGAUCUUAUUCCAAGUACCAGAGAAAACGGAAGCAAGAAUAAGGAUGUUUUUGAUAUUACAAGUUUAGGAGAUUCUCUUCCUGAUACAAAGAAGGAGAAGAAAGAUAGCAAAACUCCAGAGACAUUUCUUGGCCCAAAUGCCUCCUCCUUGGUUAAUUUGGACUCUUUGGUCACAGCACCCCAGAACCUGAAGUCUCGUAACCCAUUCCUGGCAGGCCUUAGCACACCUUCACCCACCAACCCGUUCAAUGUCAUUGACCAGGCCAAGCCAACCCUCAACCAGAUGCGGACCAGCUCCCCAGUACCCAGUGCAGCCAUGGGAAUGACCAUGAACUCCAUGUCCUACAGUGCUUCACUCCCUCUUCCGCUCAGCAGCAUCCCAUCAUCAAUGACCCUUCCAGCCUCCAUGAGCGCCUUCCCUCAGGCUGGAGCAGGACCUUUCCCAGAGUUACCCACCAACUUGCCUCAACCUCUCUUACCACUUUCUGGCUCAGUCCCCCCAACAUUACCUCCCCAAAGCAGUAUGAACCCUUUCCUCUGAGAAAACAUUGUUGAUGUCGUGUGAACUCUCAUCCUGCUCCUUCUCCAGCUGUUAUGGAGAACCUCCCAUGCAAAGACUUUUGUGGAUACCUUAGUUUUGAUGAAAGGAUAGUUUGCCUGGCCAAAGAGACUCAGCAGAAAUCUCCUUUCUUGAGAAGGCUAGAGAAGAAUCAACCAUUCCACCAUGUUGAUCAUUUUCUAGAGUCCACCCUUGAGGGUGGUGAGGACAUUCCUAUCAUCAGCUAGCCAGUUUUGAUGGAUGCAAAGGAGAUGGGAGAUCCAUGGUGAAGAAGGGCUUUGUUUUUCCAAGGUCCCUGCUCUCCUCUGUUUUAAUGUUGGUAUGGACAGGGACAAAGCAUGCUUCCAGACAUACAGCUGUUAGAACUGUAGACGGCAUUGUCCAGUGUUAAGAAGAAGAAAAAAAGAAGACAUGGGAGGGUUACAAAUGGGAGAGGAUGCUAUCCGGAUGCAUAAAAUUUCAUGUUUGAAGCAGGGCAAUCACACAAUACAAGCCUCAUCUGGAAGCACUCUGUGAUUAAAAAGAGUGAUGAGGCACCUUCAAUGGGACAGAAAAAUAAUUUUGUAAUCUGCAUGGAAAAACACACAAAUGUUUGCAAAGGCUUGCAGCUAUACUGCAUGUAUGACAGGGCACAGGCUCAUUUCUGGAAAUCAAGGCACCUCAGCACACGUAGCUAGCUACAUGUUACAUGCAAAAGGAGAAAAUCUGGUUUCCUUUUUACAGUGUCCUCUUUAUUGGGUUGCUUGACGAAGGGAAAUUUCUUUCUCAGCUGCUAUUGCUACCCAAUUGCAAUAUGAAAAAAAACAACAACAAAACUUAAGAGCCUGCAACUUGAAAGCCCAGCAUUCCUAAUCCUAAAAGCAGCAAGUAAUACAAACUGCAUAAAUAUUUGCCGCGUGCAUUCCUAAGUCUGUUUGCAAAGCUUGGAGCGAAGUUGAUAGCUUUUGAAAUUUUGUGUCAAGAAUUAAGAAGGUAGUGGGAUGAGACAUGCAGAAAAUUGUGUGGGUGGAUGUGCAAGAUUUUUUAAAAAGUGCUUGCCAAUCUCAGUAAACGCCUGUCUGCUUUGAGAUAAAGGUUGAUAAGUCUUGUUGAUAAUGGAAAUAGAGUGGAGCUGAAUCAUGGACUCCAGACACCUAGAUUACUUGAAGUAUCUGAUCAAUCUUCUUCAACUUCUAAUAGUUCAGUUUUUUAAAAAAAUGCCCAGAGGUAUGCUGGAUAAACUUGGCAAACUGAGAUACUCAGGAUUUUAAGGAAGCUGUCACACUUUACACUAUAGGAGCACAUCGUUCCCGCUCUCACUCAAGCUCUUUCCUAGAUACUCUUUCUGAUAUUGUGCUUCUGCCUAUUUUGCUCCCAAAUGACAUCUCAGUUCUCACUUCGGGAAACCCAGUUUCUUCUGUGUCGUCCUCUUGGCUGAUUCCUUUAUUACAUGCUUGAUUCUAGACUUUGUUGCUAGCCUUAGUGCCUACCUCUCAAGCCCUGAUUUCCAGAAUGCGGAACUCUGGAAAUGAAAGAACUCCAAUACGAGAAAACUCCAUAGUUCAACCACACUUGAAUGAGCCUUGUGAGAUUCAAUGAAAAAUUAUGGAUUGCUUUAAUGGAGGCAAAAGAGGGAAGGACCCUGUUUGAUUCAGACUUGAGGAACUCUUGUCCAUUACAAAUUUUGCAGUUCAGCUUCACAGCCUUGGUGCAUUUCAUUAGCGCUCAGAUGUGCUUUAAAAACCUCAAAAGAGAAAUUGGUAAAAUACUUUAUCUUUCAUUUCCAACCAGCCUCAUCCUCCAGAGUCCUCCCAGCAUAUUAAUGGAUUUGUUGUAAAACUGGGAGUUGGAAUGGCAGAGAAGCAGCAGUGUGUACAGCAUGAAUUUAAUAUCCCAAUUACCGGCUGUGUCUUAAUUGAAGAUUCCACUCAGCAUGCAGAUACAAGUUUCAUUUGCAGGGCAAGAUGGCUCUGGGGCACGGAUGCAGCCUGGAUAUGCUAGAGGUGGGGUGGAAAAGGGGCCAGGCAAGGAGAGCAGCGUGGUACAAUAAUUAGGGCUUUACUGCCAAGUAUGCUUAAGCACUACCACAGCAAUCAACAUACCAAUACAGACUUUCUGGCUAUAACCGGACAUGGGUAGGGUGGGGAAAUAAACAGUCAAUAAAAUGUUCUAACGUGC